CCUUUCUCCAGGGUGCUAAUGGAAAGCUGGAAGCUGCAACCAGAAUUUUGUUAGCAUUGGCUCUGCAGGGUGGGGGUAGGAGAGAGGACUGGAAAGUAAAAGCUGGCAUCUGCUGCUUGUUGCCCUGCAGAAAGACUACACAAGCAGUGCAGCAGCUCCCUGCUCAUCUGAACGCCGCUACAGUGUCUGCUACCAGUAAUGGAGAUAAGACAGGAGUGUAACUCUUUACGCAUAGAUCUGAUGCUUGUAGUUCAGUCUCAGGACAAGCACAUAGCAGUGGACAAAGAUGAGGAUUCUGGUCAUCAAAAACAAGUGACUCCACCGCUGAGGAUGCCUCUUGCUGCCAGACACUUGAUUAGUAGCUAUGAGAGCCAAGGUAGUCAUGUUCGAGUAGAAAUUCAUCCCAAACAUAGUAGGCCCCAGAUCUUCAACAGGCCGCCAACCCCAAAAGAUAUGGCAGUUCCCACCAGAAAUGGCCUCAGAUGGGAGCAGAUGCCACAGCCCAGUGCCAAAGACUUUUAUGCUUACCCUUGGGACAAAUCCAGCCUCAAAACAAUGCCAGUCAACUUAAAGAACUUUGAGAAACUGGAUGCUUAUGCUGCGCAGGUGGGCAAACCAAGUACAAUAGAAGAACUAGUGAGAUCCCUGGUAAAGAUGGCACGUACCGAUCUGGAGAAAGUCCGGGCCAUAUGGGUGUGGAUCUGUCACCACAUAGAGUAUGACUUAGAGGGACUGGAAGACAAGUCAAAGUGGUCUAGUGACCCCAGCCAGAUCCUCCUCACUGGGAAGGGAGCCUGUGAGGGAUAUGCAGGUCUGUUUGAGAACAUGUGCAGGCUGGCUGGUAUACAGUGCCUGAAAAUUGGUGGCUAUUCUAAAGGCCACUGCUAUGUCCUGGGUCAGACGUUCUCUGGGGAGACGAACCAUGCCUGGAACGCUGUGUACCUAAACAAGAAAUGGCAUCUUGUAGACACUACAUGGGGAGCAGGAUUAUCAGACAGAAGCAGUAAGAAAUUUAACUUUCGGUACAAUGAGUUUUACUUCCUGACUCAUCCAGCUCUGUUCAUAGAGGAGCAUUUCCCUGACAACCAGAACUGGCAGCUCCUGCAGGUUCCGCUCUCUCUUAAACAGUUUGAAGGAAACUUGUGUCGAAAGAGCAGCUUCUACAAUGCUGGACUAAUUGCAUCAUAUCCGGAGACGCUCCAGGUGGAAACAGUAAAUGGAAAGGCCACGUUUUCCAUUGAGGGACAUUCUCCUGCACUCUUUUCUUUCACCCUAAAUAAAAAGGAGAAGCCUGGAAUAAUGACCUUAACUAAAAAUGGGAUGCAGCUGGAAGUGUACCCACAAGAACCCGGAAGACAUAGGUUGGAGCUGUACACAAAACCUUAUGACAGCACAAAGCAAACUUAUGAAAAUGUUGUAGAGUAUGUCCUUGACUGUAGCUCUGUAGAUCCCGUGUUCAAGAUUCCUAAGGAACUUGAUGUUGUAGUUGGCCCAAGCUGGUUGACAGACCAGAAAGGCUUUCUACAGUUUACAUGCCGGGAACCAGUGAUCAAUACUCAGGAUGGUCGCUGUACAGUUGGGUUCACUCUUGCCAAAAGAAAUGCUGUAAUAGCAACCUUACAUAGCGAUCACAUGAAACCUGGUGAUGAGAGACUGUAUGUCCUUCAAACCCUACGGGGAAACAGGGUGGAGUUCAAAGUCCAUCUUCCACAACAAGGCUACUAUGCCUUAAAAAUACACAGUUCCACUGGCCCGGGAAAGUUUGAGUGCUUCUGUAAUUACCUUAUCAUAUGUACAAAUGUAGAGGUGGCGUGGCCACCCUUCCCGAAAAUGUUGCAGAACCCUGUUGGGCCAACUGCGCUAAUGGAAAAGAAAGGUCUUCUGCAACCUUCUUGUCGAGAUCCUAUUAUUUAUACAUCAAAUGGACAUUCAUCUAUAUUGUUCACAUUAAAGGAUGAUAUCAAAAUUCUGACAGCACUUCUGUGCGACGAUGAGUCUCUGAACGACUGUGGGGAGAAACGCUAUGUGACACAGAUGCAAAGAGGGCAGCACUUAGAACUGCAGGUGCGGCUGCCUCAGACAGGCUCAUACGUUCUACAGAUAUUUGCCAACAGCAAAACCUCACCAUCCAACUUUGAAUAUAUCUGCAAUUACUUGAUGUGUUGUUCUAGUGUAGAGACAUCCCGCAUAGAGGCACCUGCCAUACCACAGAUACCAGUAGGCUCUGGCAACACUGUAGACAAAAAAGGUUUCAUCCAACCAUCACAGUUAGGACAUGUGAUUAACAGCCCAGAUGGGCGCUGCUCUUUAAGCUUUUCCCUUGAUAGAGAUAUGAGCUGCUUGGCCACCUUACACUCUGAGGAUAACAAGUGGAAUAGUCAAAUGGAAAGAAGAUACAUUUUGCAGGUCCAGAAACAGCGUCAGGUGGAGUUCUACAUUCAGCUUCCCAGAAAUGGUUCCUAUGACUUCAGAAUCUAUGCAGAUAACAAAUUUCAACCUGGGAACUAUGAGUUUGUGUGCAGCUAUGUUAUAUCCUGUUCAAACCUGAAGACAGGAUGGCCCCCGUUUCCCAAUCUUCUGCAGAACCCUGUUGGGCCUACAUCUCUGUCUGAGAAAAAGGGCCUCCUGCAGCCCUCCCAAACGGAGGCAAUCCUCCACUCAACUGAUGGACGGUGCUCACUGUUUUUCACACUCAAAAAAGAGAUGGGUAUAUUUGCCAGGCUACAAUCCGAAGACGUGCUGCUCACAGAAGAGGGAGAACGGAGACAUGUGCUGCAAGUCCAGAGACAGAACAGAGUGGAAUUUCACAUACAGCUUCCACAAGCAGGGAUGUACGUCCUGAAGAUUUAUACUGAAUCUGAGCAGGGCAAUUUCAAGUUCGCCUGUAACUUUCUAAUUUCUUGUCUUAAUUCUCAAGUGAAGUGGCCCUUGCUUCCAUCGGACCUAUGCAAUCCUGUUGGACCUAGCUAUCUCUCAGACAAAAAAGGUCUUCUUCGCCCAUCCCACCUUGAGCCAACAAUUCGCACAGAUGAUGGUCGUUGUUGUGUCAGUUUUGCUAUGGAUGAAACAAUUGAUAUUAUAGCUACUCUCCACUCUGAGGACAUCACAUCUGAGGAAGCCAGGAGAAGGUACAUUUUCCAAAUGGAAAAAGAAGGUAGGGUCGAGUUUCAGAUCCAACUACCCAAAGCUGGUAACUAUGUGCUGAAGGUGUGCACCAAGAACAAGUCAGACCUAAGCAAAGUGUAUGACUAUGCCUGCAAUUACCUAAUUUGCUGCUCAAACACAAAAAUAAGGUGGCCGUUCUUCCCUAUGAGAUAUAACGCUUGGAAUGAGAGUUACGAGCUGCUGGAGCCACGGACUGGUAUUCUGCCAGCCAACAGCGAAGUACGGUUCAGAAUCAAGGCCAGAGGACUGGCAGCAGUGUCGGUCAAAGGCAAGAACUUUUGGCCUCUGAUGUUAGGUCGAGACGGAUGUUGGGAGGGGGUGUGCAGCACAGCUGGAAGCAAAGACAUUCAGGUGCUAAUGACAAAUAAUCUGAACAAGAAUUAUUCUCUGGUGCUUAGUUAUCAGGUCAAGGGAGCGGUUCAUCAACGUUUAAUAGAAACCUCAUAUUCCUCCUAGCUUGGCAAAUUGGAAACAUCCUUUACAAGCCAUCAGCUCCCUUACAAUAUGAAUCAUCUUAAUGAGUACACUUGUCAGAGGUGCUAAAAGUAGAUAUGGACGAUCCACCACAGGGAAAGCAUUUUAUACUGUAGGUCCUAGUCCUGUAAUCUAAGCCGGUUUCAAAGAACAAUUAAUAGUUCUGCUGCUCUUAUUUUAGAAGUCAUUAUUUCAAACACAGACAUAUCAUUUGCUAUCAUCAGGACAAUGUGACAAGUACAGUAUAUAUACAUAUUAAUUACCUGUCAAUGCUGUACGGGUGGCAGUGCCGGCCAUUCUACUGGAAAAUGGACAGUUAUGAAGUACUGCUGUGGACGGAAUUGUGCAAUCACAAACAUAGAAAGAUGGAUCUUAAAAAUGUUUAAAACUAUUACAUGUAAGUUUGUGAUAUGACCAGUUUCAGUUAAGUAUGUGAUUUGCAUGUAAGGCAAUUCCUCACUGACAACUUAUGGUACCCUUUCAUCCUUUACUGCCUCCCAGUAAAAGCCUAACCUCCUCGUGUCUCCUUCCCAGACAGAACAUAUAUACAUUCAGUUUGCAGUGACAACUCCACAAAACAUUUAACUAAAACAUAUAAGAAAAGAAAUAUCCCUACAGUAUAUUUUGCAAUGUAUGUGUUUACUUUCUGUGUUACUUUACCUUUGAUCAGAUGCUGUAACGUGAAGAUUAUUACGUUACCCUCCCAAUGAGCACUAGUACCAACAACACUCAGCAGCUGCUGCAUACAGAGAACCAGUGUUCUACCUUUGGUAUUGUUCACUAUGAGCAACCAGUUGUGUUGAACAGAGCAGGGUUUGGGAGGGUGUAUGCACUAGAGCUGGCUGCCAAAAUACUGGAUUAUGAAAAGGGAACAGUACAGGUUAAAUGCAUAUUCGUAUAGGAAUAAAUUGGCAAUGUAAUAUAUACUAUAUCUCGAAAUCAAAUAUAAAAUUGCUAACAGAAAAGGUCUAGCUCUGGGUUAGGCAACCCUAUGGCUCAGCUGUCAUAAAACUACAAUUCCCAGCAUCCCCGGCCAAUCACAACAGCUGAACAUCAAGACGUUGAUUACUUCUGGUCUGACCUCUUAAAAUAACUUAAAAAGGUAAUUUUUUAAUUACAGAAGUUCAUGUCCAAUAAACUUUUCUUUAUAAGUGAUAAAAUAUUACAUUUGCCAUCUGUGAAAGCAGGAACAUUCAGUUGGUAACAUGUCUCUCGUCAAAUGCUGCACAGUGUAAAAGGAUAACACACAGCUAGGCAAGAUAACAAAUACAAACUUGUACCAGUGACCUUGUAACUUUAACAUGGUCUAAUACAUAACAUUUUGCUGUCCCUUUAAGAAUUAGAGAUGUGCCUCUUUUUUAUUAUUAUUUUAUAACUAAAAAUGCAUUUGGACGUUUUAUGUAAUAAAUAUGAAAAAAUUAAAACGAU